AUGUCCCUACACAGCUCCCUACCCAGCGCUUUUGGCUCUGAUAUCUCAUUCACAACCCUGUUGGAUGCGGAGGGAACCGAGGCCGAGGAAUCAAUGACCACGCCAGUCCCCAGCCAUCGCAAACCCGAUCGCCUCGCAGCAGCUCAGGUUCAAGAAACUGGAUCUGAGCACGCUGAGCAAGAAGCCAGCUCUGAGGUAACCCCUGACGUGGUGGUAAAUACGGAUGGCACGCCUUAUAGGGUGAAGUUCCAGGGCGGGAGUAGCAUACAAAGUCUCUUCACAUUCGUCGACCUACACCUGGUCAUUCAUGGUUUUGAUCCUGCCAGUCCCUUGUUCAGACAUGGAAUGCAUCAAAGCGAAGAAAUUCCGCUAGCUCUAGCCCUCAAGCUACCGCCGCUACCCGAUCAUCAGAAAAUAAAGCGGUGUCUUGAUGUAUUCUUCGACCGGCUCUGGCCAUUCUACCCUGUGAUUACCCGAUCUAAUUUUGAGGCAGAGAUCGAUGCCAUAAUAUCUCAACAGCCGCAGGAAGUAUCCGACCUCCAAUUCAGCAUUCAAUACACGCAUAUACCUUGUUUGGUCGCAGUGUACUGCGUGCUAUGUAUUGGUAUCAACGAACUGUCAACCACAGACCCAGAGCUGAGUAUCGAAUAUCUAAAUGCCGGCUAUCAACUCUACGCUCACCUCGUUGCGACGCCUUACUUGCCCAGCGCCCAAUCAUUAUUUCUUCUAGCACUUGCUCUUCGAUCAUGGGGAAAAGAUGGUCAGGCGUGGCAUAUCGUCGGCCAAGCGAUUCGCAUUUCGCAGUCACUCGGCCUACAUAAAUUAGUCAUGAGACACUCGCCGGUCAAGGCGCAAGGAACUCCUUAUCAACACUCGGAUACUCUAGGAGAGAGGCUAUGGUGGUCGUGUUAUGCCCUGGAAAAGCAGAUGCAACUCGAGUGCGGAAGACCAUCGAUCAUUGACACUGAGUUUGAUAAUAUUACUUCAACAUGGUCCCAAAAUCUGACGACCAGUGACUCUUCACCUUAUUUCAAGGCCUGGAUUUCACUCGCUGGAAUCAUGGGUCGCAUUUCUGACCGAAUCUACGCGCACAAAUUUGGCAAUGCUGAAGAGAUGCUGUCCGAGACCAUCAAGCUCGACAAGGACUUAUUGGAAUGGGAAAGCUCACUACCUGACAGCCUCAGGCCUCGGGAUAUAUUUCUCGAACACUUGGAUGAGGCAAGCAAAAUAUGUGCUGGAUUUCUCUCCCAACAGUACUAUCAUGCUCAGAUAUCCGCCUUACGAGUGUCACUAAUCUUUCCCCAGCAUGCCUUCUCAGCAGAGAUCAAACGGCACGGCACAAAGCUAUCUCAGACGCAGAGGCUAUUGGCCGGAGCUUCGAUAUGUGCACAGGCUGCAAGGGCCGUCGCAACGCAAAUCCUUCAAUUAGCAGAUGAGAAUGUACGAUCCCCGAGCCUGGGCAUUUCUCAAACAUUCCUAGCUUCGGUUGUACUUGCACUGGUCAUUCUUAGGCAACCCAACAGUAGACUGGCUCGAUCCGAUGUCGAGUUGCUUACUUCUGCCACGGAGCAUAUGGAGGCGUGGUAUUAUCACUGUGGAUUCAAUCCAGGCUUCAUUCAGGUAUUCGUCGAGAUGCGGAAUCGAGUCGGUUCGGUCUUCCUUAAAACUAGCGCAAAAGCACCUCGGAGGAGUAGCUCCAUUACAACGUCAUUGCCACGAACACAAGACGUGGUCAGCCAAGGUUCGGGAUUCACGCCAUCGAUAGCCGGUAGCUAUGGCCAUACCGGUACAACCUCGACCCAUGGGGGUAGUGGAAUGGGUAAUCAAAACACAGGUGAUGGAUUUGACGACUCAGCACUCAAUUUAUUCGGCAACAUGGACUUUGAGGAACUAUGGAAUAUGAUGGACUCGGAUUUCAUGUCAUAUGAUACCGAUAUUCAGCUUAUUCCCUCAUAA